UCUCCUGCUGUUGCACUUUUACGGGAGAUCUUCAUGAGACGCAGAAACAAAGGGUGAUUCUCAGCUGCAGACACAAAAAGGAGAAAAUACACAUUGUUGUAGCCCAAGCUGUGUGCAGUAACAUCCACAGAGACUUUUGGAAGAUGCACUCUUCCUUGACUUGAUAUGUCCUUGCUUUUCAACUCUGUUUAUAGCAAAUGUUAGCCAUUUUUUGUCAGAAUAACAGCUAGUACUGCGGGACCCAGAGUUCUCCUGGGCUCCUGGCAUACUGCAAUGGAAUUAAUAGUCAUAAAUAGCCUGCUUUAGAGCAGCAGAGGAGUAAAGCUUCAGUUAUUAAUAUGAUAGCUCAACAGCUGACAAAAAAAAGUAGUCCUCAAGUUUUGGAUCAGCACUGUUUCCAAUGUGUUUGUUUGAUUGUUACUGCUACGUUCUGUUGCCAUAGAUUUUCGUGUGAUGAAGGCUCUGCCUCCAGGUUUAUAUUUUACGCAGCGUUCAGGGUUCUUUUAUUGCUUACCCAGGAUUAAAAAGAGGUUAGCGUUCCUUGGGUGAAGCUGCCAAAGAUGAAGCACUUUACUGGAUAUUGCCCAGUUUUGCUGGGAGCUGACAUUGUUUAUGUACACCUCUGUUGUUUUCCUGCUGUUCUUCAUUGUGCCUUAUUCUGUGAAGUGACGCUGCCGUUGGUACAGAGUCUGCCUGGAGUGUGGGCUGGUAAAUAAUUACAGGCACUGCCACAGGUUUACAUGGUAUGUGAGCGUAAGGAAAGUGCACCGUGUUCAUAAAACCACAGCGUGAAAAACGAUGCCAUAAUUCGUAGCUACGAUGAGACAGAGUUACGGUUACAAAGAACGUAAAACUGACUUAAAAAACAAAUAUUUACUUGCGCAAAGUGAUGUUUGAAGUGUAGUUCUUUUAUGUCGAAGAGUGUACAUUUUAUUGUUGCUGAGAACCGGGACUGCCAAGAGCUGAUCUUCAGAAAAUUGAGGAAAAAAUCACAACUUGCUGCUGCUGAACUUCUUUUCCAGUGGUUCGCUUAUACUGCUGUGGGAUUAAAGUAAUACUUAGAACCCAAAGAAGGCUUCUUUAAAGCUCUGUGGAAGCGCAUUCACUAGUUAAUCCUGGGCGAUGGACAGUGAAGAACAUCGUCCCCAAACUGCAGAUGAGGAUGUAGAAAGUGGCUCCGUGGUCACUGCCCAUGCAAGUCACUGUCACCACCAAGAGCACGGCACAGGUGUUGGCUUGCCCUUGCCCAGCUCCCUGCGUUGGGUCUGCUCUUCUUACUGACGAUGUGCUUAGGUAGGCUCCGUAAUUUGUUAGCUGCACGCUAAAUGCAAAGUUCAGACUCAUUCUUCAGCUGAUUGAUGUGAUGGAGAAAUGCUUUUAAGUGCCUUUUGUCCCUUGUCUUGCUUAUUUGAUUUUUUAUUUGCGUGUCAGGCUGAGGGUGGUGAGAAUUGACAUUUCAGGAGCGUUUCCAAAGGGCAACAGGAAAUGCAAGCUGUGGAUCCUUGUGGGCAGAAAGUGGAGAGCCAGCUUCGCUUGUCCCUUAAAUGAUCACACAGCAGCCCUUGUGUUUCGAAACGCAUUUGGUUUUGGCAGUGUCAGUGCUAGGCUGCCUGGCUGGGCUUGGUUAGGGAAAUGCCUGAGACAACACUGGUGAAAAGCCAAGGUAUUGCCUCUGAGCACAGCACUGCUGUUAGCUCCUCUGGCCUUGUGUGCGCUGUGUGGGCCGUGCCCCAGUGGUCCACCUUCUUUGUAAUGUUUAGUUUCUCUCCCAGAACAACAUGUUGCUUUGGUUUACUUACCUAGGACAGGGGGGAUUUCUCGGACUCAUGGAGGCCAUGCAAAACCUUCCUCUUAGAGGUGGAGAAGGAAACAGGCUUGCAGUCUCCGGACAGUUUUAACUGUAUUAACUUUAACUUGUAUUAGCAAGUGCCAUAUGUUUUGGUGUUCAUUUCCUUCUGUAUUUACAAGUCUAAUGUAGGAAAAGUCUGUUUUUUUAUGGACGCGUUUUCACGGUCACGUAAUUUCAUCCUCCAUCAUUCAUAAGAAGUCACCAUUCACAAUGCUGCCGGGUUUCUAAAGGGUGCAAAAGCAAACACGUUCUAAAUUGCUGUUUGCCACCAAAUUUCAUACUCCUUAGUUAACAUAAAUAACAAGGUUCCUAUGAGAGUCAGUAAAAAAAAGUGCCCUGUAUGUGCAGAAGAAAAAAACAGCAGUGUGGUUCAGAUUGAUAUUUUCUGUGUAUUGUUACAGGUUGUUUUUCUCUGUGUUUAAGAACAUCUCAUGUAACAGGGCUGGGUUUGACUUGCUAAGAAAUUGCUGAAGUUGGGCUCAGCAGCCUUUUAUUUUAAAUAAAAAGGACGUAUCCAGGUAAAGUUGGCUGGACCCUGCUUGUGCCCAAGCUUUGUUCUGAAGGUAGCAAUGCGUUUUCCUCCAUGGACUUCACUGUGCAACGGAGAUGUUGUCUAUCUGAAUAAAUGUGAUAUGGACACAAUAGCUUUUCUCUGUCUUUGAAGUGGAAGCGUUUUUAUUCAGAGUCAUGGUAACUGAAUGGUAUAACAGUCAUGUGGAAAAACACAAGGUAACUCUCGCUGGGAUUUCUUGUUUGUGGGUUGGUUUGGUUUUUGUUUAUUUGCCUUUGUUCGCUGUGUUUGUUUAUUAAAAGUGCUAGUGCCCUUCUGGGAACUUUUUGUCACAGUCAACAAGGAAAGACACAAACCACUUCCAGGAGCCUCUGAGUUGCUUCCCACGACGGGUUUUCCUGGGCAGGGCAUAAAAGCCUUUUGGCUUUCUAGAUGGUGUUUGGUAGGGUUUUCCUUUAGAGCUGCCUUUGCAAUCCAGAGCUCUUCCCAGUGGGCUUGUGAAGACUUCAGUUUGAUUGCAUCAGGAAAGUGAAUGGUGAGCGGUGUUUUCAUUCCACCACUGAGGACCUGUUCUUGCCAAAGAUCUGUGGUUUGGGUGUUUGCUCACCCAAAAAUGUGACACUGAAUUGCUUAACAAGGUUGGUGACUCGUUACACCCAGCUUGAGUAGCAGCGUAGAGAGGAUGCAUCAUCAUCGCUAAUCGUGUCUGGUAUUGCUCCUUUGCUCUGGCUGGAUGGGAGCAGAGGGUGGAGUUUCAGCCCUUCAGUCUCCCUGAGCCGAGGCUUUGCCUCCCGCUUUCAAGUCUGCCUUCUUUCCAUCAAGUGUGUGAUGGAAGCUGGAGAAUAUCCUCUUUAAGAAUAGGAACCAAAGACCCACUGAAGAAUUGGCAACUUUUUUUUUUUUUUUUUUUCCUGACUUUGCUGGUAUUAAAAAUAUUUUAUAUCCUGUUUUCACUGUCUUUACACCAAUGGUUGAAAGCAGUAUUUGGUCUGUGACUUUGCUGGAGGUAAGUUUCUUUGUGUUUGUUCGUACCAGCAAUGUUUGUCCCUUUUGGAAAUGCAGUAUCCUCCUUUUAAAAAAAGAGUUCACAGGACGCUUUUUGCAACAGGAAGGAGGAAUUUAGGAAAGAGGGAAUAUCAUGUUUUAAUGAUUGUAGGAACUGGGUAGCGCUGAUGAGAAGGAAAUUGUUGGCAUAGUCAGUAAAUUAUUAGCGGUGUGCAAAGAAAAGGCAGGAAGCUGGCUGUUUAUGCCAAAGACAUCUAGCAGGUCUGACGAGUUGGCUCAUGCCAGGUUACAAAAUACUGCCUCUGAGCCCUGCUGGAACAAACCAGCUCCAUCUACUGAACUUUGUUCCAUUGCAACUGGUAUUUUAUAAAACCUUUGUAUAGUUCAGAGCCAUCAGAAGUAGUCUGCUAGAUACAAAAGGCACCAUUUGAUAUUCUCGUCUUUGUUGUAUAAGGUUAGGUUUUAUUUAGACUUAAGCAGAUGAGAGUUUCCUCCUGAGGAAGGAGGCAGUUUUUCACUGCUAGAUCAGGGGGGAGGAGCUGGAAAGGACAAACCAUCUAAUCGUGCACACUGCCCUGUGUGGAGGAAGAGUAAAGGUGGCCCAAUGAGAGACUCAGCUCUUAGCUAUUGACUGGAUGCCCCAGAGGGAAAACCGCAGGCUCCAAGAAGCUAGCAUGAGGCUGGAGCAGGAGAACGAUGACCUUGCCCAUGAGCUUGUAACAAGCAAAAUUGCCUUACGGAAUGACCUGGACCAGGCUGAAGACAAAGCGGAUGUUCUGAACAAGGAGCUUCUCCUGACCAAACAGAAACUAGUGGAGACUGAGGAAGAGAAACGGAAGCAGGAAGAGGAAACUGCUCAGCUGAAGGAAGUCUUCAGGAAGCAACUGGAGAAGGCAGAAUCUGAGAUUAAGAAAACCACAGCUAUUAUUGCAGACUAUAAACAGAUUUGUUCCCAGCUGAGUACCAGGCUGGAAAAACAACAGGCAGCCAGUAAAGAUGAACUGGAAGUUGUCAAGGGUAAAGUGAUGGCCUGCAAACACUGCAGUGAGAUUUUCAGUAAGGAGGGGACCCUGAAGCUGCCCGCUCUAAGCCUGGACAAUAAAGGCUUAGAAAUAGAUGAUGAGAAGGAUGCACUGAAGAAGCAGCUGAGAGAGAUGGAGCUGGAACUUGCACAGACCAAACUGCAGCUUGUGGAAGCCAAGUGCAAAAUUCAGGAGCUGGAGCACCAGAGGGGAGCCCUUAUGAAUGAAAUCCAAGCUGCCAAAAACUCUUGGUUUAGCAAAACCCUGAACUCUAUCAAAACUGCCACAGGCACACAGCCACCGCAGCAGCCUCAGCCGUCCCUGCCACCCAAGGAGGGCAGCACAUAGUUCCAGCCAGACCUAACACAAGAGCACAAAGAACAACACAGCUGAAACCCUGGGGGAUUCUUCCAGUGGUCUCUCCUCUCGGGUAAAGGACAAAAGGCAGGAGUGCAGGCUUGAAGUGAAAGUCGUCAGUGUUUUUCAUUCAUUCUGAUGUGACCCUUUUCAAAGAGGGUAAAAAUAAUAUUGUUUUAUGUUGAGUUCCUACUUCCCAAACUGCCUUGCUGAAAGCCACGUUCCGAUACCUUCAUACUUUUACACUUCAUUUUAUAUGACUAGGUGUUAAAAUGAAUAAAUAAUUCAAAACUAGCUCUUUAAUACAUGACUAAUUACUCAGAAUUAUUUUUAUCUUGCGUAGAAGGUUUUUUCUUCUGGAAGAGGAGGAGAGAGAGAAUGUCAAAUGUAAAGUACUGCAGCAUCACCUCCUCCCAGAAAGCACAGUGUAACAAGUACUAGCGUGUGUGCGGGUGUCUAGGAUAACUCAUGCCCUGGGGCCAUCUCAGAAGUUUAUGGCAGUGACUGCGUCCUGCAGAGAAGCACUUUUUGUAAAGCUGAGGCAGGGAUAGCCUUGUGCUCUCUUGGCACAGUUGUUCAUGAGCUUCCCCACGAAUUUCAUCGUUGCUUGGGUUGGUUUUCCUUCAGAAAUGCAAGUUGUGCAGUUCUUCGUAGCACUGAGUAGCACUGUUGUUUAAAGGUUAUUUGCAACCGAACUGGAACUUAACAAAGUUACCUAGUUCCCCUUUUUUAUUUCAUGUUUAUGCUGAGAACUCCAAGAAGUCAUUCCUUCCACUGGGAGAAAGGGAAAACUGUUGGAAAUUUAUUUGCUUAGCGGAGAAGCAGAGGAAAGACCUUGCAUAGAUUUGACCUUCUGUAAAUCCUGUGCAACAAAGCAGAGCUGUUAUGAAUGCAAUUAACAGAAACCUUUCCCUGCAUCUGUUUGCAAAUUUUGAAUUUGACACAGAAACGAGGUAUCAGAUAAAAACCCAAAAGGCUUUUUGCUGCACUGAUGAAUAAAACAUCACAGAAGCAGGAUCUGUUUGCCAUAAAUAUUUGGCUAGGAAAUGCUAUGUUGGUAUUACUUACUUUAUAAAAACAAACAUUUCCAAGUGAAAUACAGAAGUUAGACUUUUCCCAUGGGAUAGACUUCUCUGAUGACUCCCAGACCUGUCUGGUUGUUUGAUAUCUCUGAGGUAAGAAAACGCAAGUGUUUGUUUUGACCGAACAUAAAGUGUUUAUAGAAAGACUUAUUUCAUGGAAAAUUAAACUAUUGCUUGACCUGAUGGAGUAUUUUUUUAAUUAUACCUCUCAUGUCUAUAAAAUGGUCUCGCAGGUAAAUAUCGCUGCUGAACAAAAGGUUGUGUAGUAAUUGUUCCAUUUACAACACUGUUCCAGGUGUAUCAGUUCUGUUUCGACUUGGUUGGUGGGUUGUUGUUUUUUUUUAAUCCGAAGGAAUGCCAUAUCUUGUCAGUUUUGUAUAAUAAAAUCUAAUGAUACUCAUCUCGUGCUUUGUUGUCAAGCAAAAUCGUGAAUUACUUCAAACAGGGUAGGACAAAUUUAGUGCUUGUCUGUGCCAAGGGAAUGAUUUGGAAAAGAUGGUCGCCUGUUUGAAGCAGAGAUCAACAUAUAAUCGCUGUCCUGACACAAAGAUCCUGCAACAAAAUUCUCUCUUCUAAGAGGUAGCAGUUAAAAAAUGUUAGCAUUUUUCAAAGUACCUGCAAGCGAUCAUCCGGAAACCUUAACGUUGUGAGGGGGGGAGAAAUAAAGAGGGGAAGAGCAGAAGGGAUCUAUUCUGCAAAUAGGAGAAAAAUACACUUUCUUGCUAAUAAUAUUUUACGUAGAUGUUUCCAUUGUGUGGGUUAUUUAAACCUAGCGUUACUCAUUCACUUGUCGGUACCAUUUCACGCUUGGUAUCAACGGCAUAAAAAUGUGGAAGUGACAUUUGAGAAUAGCUGGUGAGCGUUUACUUGUUACGUUUGAGAGUCCUGUGCUGACGAGUGACGCUGACGGUUUGACAAGUGUCCAAAUCUCUUAAAUAUAUCUUAAAUCACACUUACGGGUCAAUCUGAAGCCUUGAUUGGAAACAUGCCGUCAUAAGAAAGAAAAAAAUGGCUAAGACUGUAAUUCCCCGAGCAGCCAUGCUCACGUAACAGCUCACUUACCCACUCCCUGCUGUACAGUCAUGUCCCUGUCCUUGGUAUGGCACUUACUGCAGACAAACUGAAUUUUAACAAAUGUGUGGGGGUAUUUUUCUGCCAUUUAGUCUUCUGACAAGUCAGUACAUUACAUCGUGUCAGUGGGUCCAGUGAGAGUGAGUGGAUGAGGGGGGAAAUGGGAGUGGUGCUCCCACAGUUUAUCGAAAAGGAAUUAAGUAGGCUUCUGAGUUUUAUGCAGCUAGGUUUGACACAACGUCAUCUUUCUCAGUGUAGUAGCUUUCUUACUUUGGAAGUUGAAUUUCUGUGACAAAACCAUGUUUGCUCCUGCUAGCCAUGAUGAUUUCAAAGCACUGUCAGAGAGAAACCGGCUUACCUUGUACCUCUCGCAUCCGCAAAUGUUGUUUCAGAAGGCAGUGAGUGGCUGACCUAUCCACUUUUGGUAAUGCUAUAAAGGCAGUAAACGACUUCCACCUUCCAUCUGUACAUCCCAGUUAGUGUUUGUAGCAGUGGCAUUUGGAAGAGUAAUAUUUAUAGGUGGAAACUGUUUUCUCAAAAGUACUGAAAAAGUAAGAAAAGAGGCUCUGUGGCCACUUUGAUGAAUGUGGCUCUUGUGGCCAUCUUGAUGAAUAAGCAUAGUUAUAUUCAGAAACAAAGAAAGUAGCAAAACUGCAGGAUUCAACCGGGAAAGCUGAAACUCAGCCUGCUGACUGUGCGUGUUACUGAGAUACUUUCUUGUGAGGAAAAAGAAAAUCUGGCUUUUAAUUAGUCCUUUCAGCAGUCGGUGACAGUAGCUGCUGGAGAUGCUCAUAUUCCAGGGCCACCGAUCUGUCAGGGGUGGCUGGCUCAAUCUUGAGAUUUUUGGCAGGAAAUAUCAAACUUACGUUCAUGUGGCACUGGGACAUAGCUCUUAAGACUGGAGUGAUUAAUUGUAUUUUUUUUUUUCCUGAUUCAAUCUCAAACCACGUGUCCAUUUACAAAAUUCAAGUUACUUUCAAGACAGCUUUAUGGAACUAGAUCUGAUUUUUAAAUUUUAUUGAGAAUGCACACCUCUGAAAUGAAGCCUUUACUUUGAUUAGGGACAAGCCUCCACAGAAUGGUUUUAGUACAACUGUUUUAUCUUGUUGGAUUCAAACUGCUCCUGAGAUGCCCACUUUAAAAAGAAGUGUUUACUUUGCCUAUAACAUUUAUAGGGUAAAUGAAGCAAGGUACUUACAUGGUACAUCUGUGAUCUAGUCUCAUCUUUGUGGCUCAAUACCACAAAAAGCGAUAGCACUUACUUUAACAAAUCCUAAAUGUACCUAGAGAGACUUAAAAACAAGAAAAUGAAGAUAUGAUGGGUGGCUUUAAUCCAAGAAACUGCAAAAUCCCUAAGUCUGUAGGCUUUAAUAUUUAGUGAAACCGGUAUUGGGAAAGGUUGUCAGCCACGUAGUCGGUAUUGACAGCUGACAAAUAAAUCCUUGCCUUGCCCAUUAAUUAGUACAUUCUAUAAGUUGCUACAGCUAAGUUACAUGCCAGAUAAGCAAUUCUUUUUCUUGUUAGACAUUUUAAAGAACUUUUUUGUUGAGCCUUAAUUUUUUUUUCCUACAGCAGACGCUUACACCUCUGCUAUUGUGUGAAAAACAACGCAGAAUAAAGACAGCAAUUUACAACAGGAGAGGGAGCUCGAACAUCAGGAACAGAAAUAAUUCAGCCCUCUGAGAAAUCAUGAAGUAUGCCAUUGACUUCAGUGUCACAGUAUCACUCACUGACUGAACGUGGCACUUGGAGUUAUAGAAAAAUCGUAAUUACUGGCAUUAAAACUUAAAAACCACACGAGAAAUUGAUGCGUUCUUCACAGGAAACAGGACUGUUCCCAUCUUUGUUUUAAGUAGUUGCAGUGAAAUCCAUGGAACUACUUGUAUGUGUGGGAGAAUUAUACCUCUUAGGCUGAUUUACUGUUAGACUCAGGGAUAAUUGGCAUACUUCUACAUGAUCUAGUAAGCCUAAAUACCUUUGGCAUUGAAACCAGAAACUCUCUUGUCUUACAAUGCUGGUUUUCUUCCAGCUGCUAUAGAGAAAACCUUACUGUAUGUCAUUCUGGUUGAGCAGCAUGCCUGUGUUACAGCUAAACGCUGCAGAACGGGCUGUUGCUCAAACAGCUGGCUGCACGAGAUAUGCAAUGCCACGUAUACCCAGUGCUGUGGGUACACACGGCACCAAGGCAUCACGUUGUUCUUUCAAAUGCAAAGGCUUGAACUAAAUUCUAUUUAUUUCCAUCUAUUACACUACUAUCCUACUGGGAGCUGUCCCAUUACCUCCUUCCAAGUAACAAUACCAAGGGGAGACACAACGAAGCACUGAUUUUUGGACCUUUCAAAAUAGAUUAUGUCUACAUCACUGCAGCCUUUAAAACUGGGCUAAUCCAUAGGUGAAUUUAGGGAAAUUCAAAGAAUUUGGAUUUGGAUGACUAAUUGUCAGCAUUGAUCAAGAUCCUGUCUUUCUCAACUCAGAAGUCUGCACGAUUUGUUUCAGGAUCAUGACUUAAGACGUACAGGUUAAUCCUCCAGGAAUACAGGGCUCUCCACUUCUCCUGGAUUCCAACUGCUUUGCUACUGAAUGUAUUUCAUGCUAUUUUUACCUGGAAAAAAAAAAAAAAAAAGAUAUGGGUAGAGAAUUAGAACAUUACUUCCUCUUAUUUUCUUAUUCAGUGGGACUUGCUUUUAUUUAACCUGUAAAGGAAUGUAUAUGUAUCUUUGGAAAACUAUAUCUUAUAUAUAGAAUAAUAUAUAGGAAACUGAAUCCCAAGGAGAUAAAUACAGCAAAAGGAUCGAGUAUCGUGGAUUUCAUUUGUGAUUUGAUACCACCAGAAUCCUGGGCUGUACUAAUUUCCUUCCAGUUUCUCUUAUUUUUGUAUUUUAUAUAAUACAUGGGUGCUACUAUCAAUGCGAACAAAAGCAUAUGUUCUCAGCUUUUUCUCCAGAUCCCAAGGCCAUCCUUCCAGUAAUUCCUAGGGACACAGUGGUACCAGUACCACCUUCCAAAGCCGUACCGUGAGCUCUCUUGAGCUUUGGGAACUGUUGCUUUUCUGUGUAAGAGGAUUCUCUGGCAUAUUCACACAAGGAAAAGGUUAGCGGUGCAGAAAAGGAUCCAAUCAAGUAUAAUUCUGAACCAGAGCCCUCAGUGUCUGCCAUUCAAGGUGGCUUCACAUCAGCACUUUGAAAGUAGGGAGCACCUUCAAAGUGCCGAUUACCAAUGAAAUUUUCCAGGUUUUUAGCUGCACUUGUUAUCUGGGUGUGUCCCACGUUCAUAAAACAUGCUUUGCUAGAGAGAAUUAGGAAGAAAGAGCAUCACAGUGCUGUGAGACUUUUGAGAACAGUUCCAUACUGCCAGUUCUUGUGUAACAAAUCCAUGUAUUAUAUAAAGUAUGAUACAGAAAUAUAAGUGUAACGCUUGUUAUUCAAAGUGCAAUUUAAUGUACAUGGUCACAACAAAUGUUUACUUUUCUAAUUGUUACAGAAUUGUUUGGAUCAGUACCUUGUUAUCAUUGUGUGAACGAUGCCUUGUAAAAUAAAUGGAAAUGCAAACAAAA